AUGGCUUUAAGUUUAGGACAGUUCAUUAAUGUGAGUGGUAUGGUGAAGGAUUUGAAAAGUUUCAACUUUAGUGUAUAUGGCAGAUGGUUUGGAUAUAUCAACAUAAUCUUGUGUAUUGCCCUCGGGAUAGCGAAUCUGUUCCACGUCAGUGGAGUGAUAGCUUUUGGUAUCAUUAGUAUAAUCCAAGGAUUAGUGAUUCUAUUCAUUGAGAUACCAUUUUUGUUGAAGAUUUGUCCCCUUAGCGAUAAUUUUAUUGAAUUCAUUAAGAAAUUUGAAACAAAUGGAUGGAGGUGUAUUUUCUAUCUGGCAAUGGCAAUAAUCCAAUACGUUUCCAUUGCAGUGAUGGCUACGAGUUUGAUUGUGGUAGCUGUCGGGUUAACGAUAUCGUCAAUCAGUUAUGCAGUGGCAUAUACCAAGCAUCAAGAGUUUCAGAAUACAAACAUCAUCAAAAAUCCUACAGAUGACGAUUUUCCCCACGAGGCUGUUGUCAGGGAAAUGUUGUAA